UGUUGAUUCGUAUUUGGAGAGCAAAGUGCGGUGUGUCGUUUUGUUCGUCCACUUUUGUUGAUUCAUUUAGCUGGCAGCAAUCGCGACUGGCACUAUAAAUUGUUUUCGUUUCAUUCGAUUAAGUUUUAUUAAUUCAUUCAUUUUCGAAGAUGUUUGCUAGAUCUACAUCGACAAUUGCCCGUGCCGCUCAACUGCGUCGGUUCCAAAGUACGCUCGUUCUAGCGGAGCACAAUAACGAGGCCUUAAACCCAAUUACGGCGAAUGCGGUCACCGCGGCCAAGAAAUUGGGCGGAGAUGUAACCGUUUUGGUGGCUGGUUCUAAAGUGGGCAGCAUCGCGGAAGCGGCAGCCAAGCUGGACGGAGUAGGGAAAGUGCUUGUGGCGGAGAGUGAUGCCUUCAAGGGUCUCCUCGCGGAGGCGGUUACUCCACUGGUGCUGGCCACCCAAAACCAGCUAAAAUUUACUCACAUAGUUGCUGGAGCAUCCGCAUUCGGUAAGGCCGUGUUGCCGAGGGUCGCCGCUAAGCUGGAUGUAUCACCGGUUUCCGAAAUCAUCGACAUCAAAUCGGCGGAUACUUUCGUGAGGACGAUUUAUGCUGGUAACGCAAUUCAGACCGUGAAAUCAAAAGAUCCGGUGAAGGUUAUCACAAUUCGUGGUACGAAUUUCGAAGCAGCAGGAGCUACUGGAAGUGGAUCCGUUGAAAAGGCUCCAGAGGGUGAUUAUAAGUCAAAUUCGACCGAAUUCAUCAGCCAGGAGCUGACCAAAUCCGAUCGACCAUCGUUGACGGCGGCCAAAGUUGUCAUCUCAGGUGGGCGUGGAAUGAAAUCCGGUGACAACUUCAAGAUGUUGUACGAUCUGGCCGAUAAAUGGGGCGCAGCGGUUGGAGCGUCCCGUGCGGCUGUUGAUGCUGGAUUCGUUCCAAACGAUUUGCAGAUUGGACAAACGGGAAAAAUCGUCGCCCCUGAGUUGUACGUUGCGGUUGGUAUUUCCGGCGCUAUCCAGCAUUUGGCUGGUAUGAAGGACUCGAAGACGAUUGUCGCCAUUAAUAAGGAUCCUGAGGCACCUAUUUUCCAGGUAGCUGAUCACGGUUUGGUUGCCGACCUAUUCAAGGCUGUUCCGGAGAUUAUUGAAAAAUGUUAGUCUUUCCGCAGAGCUGUUGCAUAAAGAUAGUCUUUGAAUUGGAGAGCGAAAGGGUGAUUCGGAAAAAUGUUUCACAGUGUAAUAAUUGUUCCGAAGUAAAAUUGUUAGUAAGCUAUUGCAUUUCCUCCCGGUUAUAAAAUAAAAGUGAGAUUUUUAAACUGCUAAAAA